UCCGUCAUAGCCGCCGUUGUCUUCUUGCUUGACAUCGAAGGCAUCUCUCAGAUCCAUGCAACUAGAUUCCCUAUUCUGCAUAAAUUCAGAAGCAAUGCAAUAUCAUCACCAGUUUUUCCAUGGAUAACCAAUUCAAGAUGCUCCCGUUGUCCUUCACCUUCCUUCUCUUCAUUUUCAUGGUGUUGAAGCUAUGGAUGAGAUCCAAAAAAAAGGACUCACCCAAAAAUCUACCCCCCGCACCAUUGAAACUACCUCUUAUAGGGCACUUGCACCUUUUAAUGGUCUCUCUCCCCCAUCACCGCUUGACCGAAUUAGCCAAAAGGCAUGGCUCCCUGAUGCACCUACAACUUGGUGAAUUAUCACACAUUGUUGUUUCUUCUCCAGAGGCUGCUAAAGAAGUGAUGAAAACACAUGAUAUCAAUUUUGCUAACAGGCCAUAUCUCCUUGCUGCAGAAAUCAUGUUGUAUAAUUUUUCAGAUAUUGGUUUUACACCAUAUGGAAGCCACUGGAGGCAGCUUCGAAAAGUUUGCACAUUGGAGCUGUUAAGUACGAAACGUGUACAAUCAUUCCGCUCAAUCAGAGAAGAGGAGGUAUCAAGUUUAAUUACAUCCAUCUUUUGUAAUACAGGAUCUGAAAUCAACUUUGGAGAACUGUUAUGCAACUUAUCAUAUAACAUCACUUUAAGAACUACUUUGGUCGGAAGAUGCAAGCUGCAACACGAAACAUUCAUUCCAAUUGUCAAAGAAUUUGUGGAAGCUUUAGGUGGUUUCAGUAUUACCGAUCUGUUUCCUUCCAUCAAAUUGCUUCCCAUGAUCAGUGGGAUGAGAACCAAACUUGAGAGGUGUCACCAUGAUUUGGACAUGAUGCUUGAAAGCAUCAUUGAAGAACAUAGAGCUAGCCAUGCAAAUCUGGGAAACAGUGAUGAUGAAACGGAUGAUCUACUUGAUGUUCUUCUGAAUCUCCAGGAUCAUGGAGGCCUUGAAUUUCCCUUAACGACUGAAAACAUCAAAGCUGUUAUACUGGACAUGCUCAUUGCUGGGACUGAGACAUCUUCAACUGCAGUAGAAUGGGCAAUGUCGGAAAUGAUGAAAAAUCCUAGAAUCCUUGAAAAAGCGCAAGCUGAGGUGAGGCAAGUCUAUGAUAGAACAGGGGAAGUCAACGAAUCAGACCUUCAUGAAUUGAAGUACUUGAAGUUGGUUAUAAAGGAAACUCUAAGAUUACACCCUCCUCUACCUUUGCUAAUUCCAAGAGAAAAUAGUGAGAGAUGUGAGAUUAAUGGAUAUGAGAUACCAGCCAAGACCAAAGUGAUUGUUAAUGCAUGGGCAAUUGGAAGAGAUUCCAACUACUGGAGUGAAGCCGAGAGAUUCAAUCCAGAGAGAUUCAUCCAUAGUUCAGUUGACUAUAAAGGGGCUAACUUCGAAUUUAUUCCCUUUGGUGCUGGAAGGAGGAUGUGUCCUGGCAUGUCAUAUGGUAUGGCUGUUGUCGAGCUUUCCCUUGCACAAUUACUGUACCAUUUUGAUUGGAAACUCCCUAAUGGAAUGAAAAAUGAGGAUCUGGACAUGACUGAGGCUUUUGGUGCUUCUGUUAGAAGAAAAAGUAAUUUGUACCUGAUUCCCAUUCCGUACCGCCCAGCAUGCGCUCAGUAGUUAGAAUAGAUACAUGUAUAUCACGGACGAUCUCUUUGUAAAGCCAGUAAUAUCUUCAUUACCACAUUUUGCAGUAGACCUGUUCAUGGGUCGGGUCACUCAAUCCACCCUAAAGGCCCGCCUAAAAUGUGGAAGGGUUUGGAUAAAAGUAUAGGUUUAAAAAUGGGCUUGAAAAAAAGGUUUGUUUAAAAAAUAGGCCAAAUCUCAAGCACUAAAGUAAAUGACAAAUAAAAUAUGCUCUCUUUCUUUUUUUUUAA